GGCCGCUGUCGGGCUCCACGCGGCGGGGACAUGUCGGUGGCGACGGGCAGCAGCGAGGCGGCCGGCGGGGCGAGCGGCGGGGGCGCACGGGUGUUCUUCCAGAGCCCUCGGGGCGGCGCGGGCGGCAGCCCGGGCUCCAGCAGCGCCUCUGGCUCCUCCCGGGAGGACUCGGGGGGCGCAGCGGGGCAGGUGCAGCAGCAGCAGCAGCAGCAGCAGCAGCAGCAACAGCAGCAGCAGCGACGCCACCAGCAGGGGAAAGUGACCGUGAAAUACGACCGCAAGGAGCUUCGGAAGCGGCUGGUGCUGGAGGAGUGGAUCGUGGAGCAGCUGGGGCAGCUGUAUGGCUGCGAGGAAGAAGAGAUGCCAGAUGUAGAAAUUGACAUCGACGAUCUUCUUGAUGCAGACAGUGAAGAGGAAAGAGUUUUAAAAUUGCAGGAAGCUCUUGUAGACUGCUACAAACCGACAGAGGAAUUCAUCAAGGAAUUGCUCUCUCGCAUAAGAGGCAUGAGAAAACUGAGCCCUCCACAGAAGAAAACGGUAUAAGCAGGGUAGAGUACCUUCAAGGAACAAAAGAAGAAGAAGAGGUCCAUGGAUUUGGACUUCAUGAAGAACAGUUGACUUUAUUCAGAACAGUUGUCCUUGAGAAUGACUUUUAUUUCGGGUGUGGAGAGGAGCUAAUUAGCACAUUUCCUCCAGAGUGUUCCUUUUCUUGUUUUCAGAGGUUUUCAUUAGUGUGAUAUUUGAAUAACAAAGAUAUAAAUGACUCUGGUGUCAGCGUGACCAAGGCUUAUCCAAACCAGGCAGGCAUCUGAGGAUGGUUUGGGCUGGGCCAGGCAGGCAAUAAUAGCUUCUUGGAGAAUCAUAUCAGAUGUGACAAUACAGGGUUGAUGGUUUUCUUACAGUUUGGUAAUACCUUUUUCUCUGCAGCUGUACAUUGGACUCUGAUGUUGACUUUUUUUUUGUACUUGUAUAUAUAAAUAUAUAUAUAUAUAAAUAUCUUCGACACCUAAGUUAAAAUGUAGAUGUGAGUGUCACUUCACAUUGAUGGAAUAAACUUGUGGUUGUCCUUUU